AUGGCUGAAUUAGACAUCGGAAAGCACUGUCAAAUCCAUUCUUGUCACCAAAAAGAUUUCCUUCCAUUUGUUUGCGAUUUCUGCAAUGGAGUCUACUGCCUUGAACACAGAAGCAGAGAGGCUCACUCGUGUUCACAGGAGCCUGUGACAAAAGCUCCACAACCCGUAGGCAGCAGCACAAGCCAUCCUUGCUCCUUCGAAGACUGCAAGGGAAAAGAACUUCUGCCGGUCAUCUGUCCACAGUGUGACAAACACUUCUGUUUAGCCCACCGCCAUCAAGAUGAUCACAAGUGUGAGAAGCUGGAGGUCCAAAAACCACGCAUGGCAGCUACCAAGGAGCUUGUGCAAAGGAUUGUUGAGUCAAAAGAUGGAUCUAAAAGCAAAGGACGUAAAGGAGCGAAGAACAGCGCCACGGCAGCAAAAGUAGCUCUCAUGAAACUGAAGCUACAUGCUGCAGGCGACAAAAGUUUACCACAGACAGAGAGAACCUACUUUCAAGUAUAUCUGCCUAAAGGGUGUCAGGUGACCAGUCAGCCCAUGUUCUUCUGCUCUAAAUGGAGUGUGGGGAAGGUGGUGGAUUAUGCAGCUUCGCUUGCUUCACUCAAGAAUAACAACAAUGUGCUUGCAGCUAAGAAGUUGCGCCUCUGCCAUCCCGAAACGGGCAAGUCGUUGCGUAUGGAGGAGAGUUUGCACACACUGCUUACCAGUCCGGAAGACCCCCUUCACAAUGGGGGCAACGUGAUCCUGGAGUACCUGGAUAAUGAUAGCAUGGGUGUGGAUGAUGUAACAAACUAUAUUGCACUCAGAUGA